AUCCCAAAACUCCUUAACCCCCAAUAUUUUAUCCUAUUUUUGGCAAUUUCCCCUUCUUCCUUCUCUCUCGAUCAAUCAUACAACCGGCUUUAUCUUCAUCAACAACAUCAUCUUCUUCUUCUCAAACCUCACUCAUGGCGUUUCUGAUAAGCUUUUGAAAGCCUUAGGAGGAGGAAGUGGUUGAGAUUGUGAAAUUACUGUGAAAGAGAGAGGAGAGGAGGAGUAUUGAAAAUGGCGGAUUCAGAUAACGAAUCAGGAGGUCACAACAGCAACGCAAACAGCGAGCUAUCGGCAAAGGAGCAAGACAGAUUCUUACCGAUAGCGAACGUGAGUAGGAUAAUGAAGAAGGCGUUACCAGCAAACGCAAAGAUCUCAAAAGAUGCAAAAGAAACUGUACAAGAGUGUGUAUCGGAGUUCAUAAGCUUCAUAACAGGAGAAGCAUCAGACAAGUGCCAGAGAGAGAAGAGAAAGACGAUCAACGGCGACGAUUUGUUGUGGGCCAUGACUACGCUUGGAUUCGAAGAGUAUGUGGAACCGCUCAAGAGUUAUCUGCAGAAAUACAGGGAAAUGGAAGGGGAAAAGAGCACUAUGGGGAGACAAGGGGAGAAAGACGGUGGUGGUGGUGGGCCCGGCGGCAGUGGAGCUAAUGGUGGUGGUGGUGGUGGUGGUGGUGGAGGAGGAGGAGUCAACUCUGGUACUACUGGUGGAAUGUAUGGUGGGAUGAUGAUGAUGGGGCAUCAUCAUCAUCAGGGAGGUGUUUAUGGUGGUGGUGGAUUUCACCAUAUGGGAAUUGGCGGCGGGAAGGGAGGAAGUGGUGGUUCCGGCACUGGUCACCGGUAAAAGCGGCGGUUGUGGUGGUGUUGUGGGACUGCUGCAAGGUCAAGCUAAGUGGCUGCUAGUUGGAACCUUUUAAAGGUUCUCCAACUUUUGAGCAUCAUUGAUGACUUUAUAGGAAGUUAAUAAGAAUUUUUCCCCCCCUCCUUUUGGGUCUCUGAGUCCUUGAAAGUUGUGGAAAACUAUGGAUCUUAUCAAUUUUAUCUAUUUUUCCUUUUCUUUUUUGGUAUAAGUGUAAUUUCUGUAAUUUGUGUGUAAGAAAGAGGGAUAUACGAUAAUAUGAUGCAUUUGUACAAGAGUAACCCCAAAUUUUACACCACUACUAAUUACCAAGACCCUUUAUCCUA